ACGGGAAGCGUCGGCCCCCAAAUCAUCACUGCCUGCAUCGUCUCGGCACGGCAUCCCGGGCCGCCGCCUCCUCGUGUCUCGGCAUAAAUCUGCGGCCUCCAUCCGUCCGGCGGCUGCUCCGAUCACAGUACCAGCGCUAGGCCUAGGGUUUGGUGGUCUCAAGCGGACCGAGAACAUGGAAAGGGAGCGCAACGCCGCCACCGCUGGUGCUGGCCGCUGGGAGGCGCCGGACGGGGUGAUCGUGCUGCCCGUGGGGUCGGCGGCGCCGCAGCAGGGCCGCCAAAAGGAGCACCAGUACCAGCAGAGAAAGCGUGAGAUGGAGCGGGAGCGGGAGCAGCAGGACCCGGGGGCGAGGGAGGGGGUUUUGGGGCUGGACCCGCAGCCGCCAGAGAAGGUGUACUACAAGACGAGGCUGUGCGAGAAGUUCGAGGCGGGCAAGUGCGCGUACGAGGGUGGGUGCACCUUCGCGCACGGCUCCGAGGAGUUGCGGCCGCCGCUGCCGCUGCCCCUGCUGACCUCGCUCGUCCGACGGAAGUCGCCGCUGCCGUCGUCGUCGCCAGGUGCCGCUGCCAGCAGCCCCCACGGUGGGUACUGCGUUAGGGUGUGCUUCGAGUUCAGGGACACGGGGGCCUGCCACCGUGGGGAUAGGUGCGCCUUCGUCCACGCUUCCACGACAGAGAUGCCCUUUCCUGGGGGGCCAAGGUCUAUGGAGUAUGCUCUGAGGAAUUCGUCGUCGUAUGCAAAGGCGUACUCGCCGGGGUCCACGGCCGCCGCGUACCGUAACAGCAGCAGCACCAGCACCAGCAACUAUGCACCGGCUACCACAAGGGCGUUCCAAUCCGUUUCUGCCGACGCGGCCGGAGAGGGCGGUUGCAAGGCCACCCGUCUGGAGCUCCUUGGUCGCAAGAAGAUGAACGACAUCUACGGCGACUGGCCGGAACAGGACUGAGAGCGCGUACCAUGCAUCACCUGCUCGAUCGAAGCUACCAUGUCUACCUUCCUGCCUUUGAUCACCGUGAUCGACAACAUCCAGAAUAAUGAACUGAACAAUCUGAUGUUUCGAUUUGAACUUAUUUGAACAUAUUGUGCUUGUUCUUUGUUUCCUGCUGAAUCCCUGCCUGUAAUCCGUCUGAUCAGACCUCUGCAUUCCUGCCACCAUUUCUACUUUCAAUAAUUUGAAGUGCUGUGCUGUUGCUU